AUGCAGCCGGUGCUCGACCCCAGUCCUGGUGCUGACGCAGCUCAACCACCAGUGUUGGCGUUGUCUGAGCCACCUCUGGUUGCACCGGUCGUGUCGUCGCAUGCAAUUGCACCGGUCGUGUCCUCACAACCGUCGGUACGACCGUCGGCGGAGCCCGUUGCUGCUGCACUUAAUGCUGCCACGGCCUGCGCACCAGCAAUCACCGCAUCCGCACAUGCCGUCAUGAUGCCUGCAGUUGCCACCGCCGCCCACCCCAUGCAGCCAGUGCUCCCGUGUCGUGGUGCUGGUGCAGACCAACCGCCAGUGUUGGCAUUGCCUGAGCCACCUGCGGGUACACCGGUCCUGUCGUCGCAACCAUCGGCGGAGCCCGUUGCUGCUGCAUGCCCUGCUGCCACGGCCCACACAGCAGCAAACGCCCUCAUGAUGCCUGCAGUUGCCACCGCCGCCCACCCCGGGCAGCCAAUGCUCCCGUGUCCUGCAGCUGGUGCAGACCAACCGCCAGUGUUGGCAUUGCCUGAGCCACCUGCGGUUACACCGGUCCUGUCGUCACAACCAUCGGCGGAGCCCGUUGCUGCUGCAUGCCCUGCUGCCACGGCCCACACAGCAGCAAACGCCGUCAUGAUGCCUGCAGUUGCCACCGCCGCCCACCCCGGGCAGCCAGUGCUCCCGUGUCCUGCAGCUGGUGCAGACCAACUGUCAGUGUUGGCAUUGCCUGAGCCACCUGUGGUUGCACCGGUCCUGUCGUCGCAACCAUCGGCGGAGCCCGUUGCUGCUGCAUUGCCGCCUGCGGAUUCACCGGCCAUGUCCUCACAACCAACGGCCGAGCCCGUUGCUGCUGCAUGCCCUGCUGCCACGGCCCACACAGCAGCAAACCCCGCAUCCGCACAUGCCGUCAUGAUGCCCACAGUUGCCGCCGUCACCCAUUUGAUGCAACCACCGCUUGCAACUCCUGUUGCUGAUGCAGCUCUACCGCCUGUGUCGGCAUUGCCUGAGCCACCUGCGGUUGGAGCGACCGUGGCCCACCUUGCUCCUUCUGCAUCUCCUCCGCCCGUGUCCAGUUUGCCUGGUCCGGCAACCGCUGCACCGGGGACUGUUGUGCUGGCGCCUGCGGCGAACCCAGAACCAUCCACAAAUGCCUUUCCUCUGGUUGCGGCGGCCCUUCCGAAACCUGUUGGUGAUUCCGUGGGGCCUGGGGUUGCCAAAGUCAGUGACGAUCUUGCCUCGGUCACCGCUCUGAAGUGGAAGUGCGAGACGGGAAUCAAUGUGAAGUAUGGCUUGGGGUACUACAUCGACACCGUGCCAGCCUCGCAAGCAGCUUGGGAGUGCCAUUUGCAUGAGAUGGGAUGGUCAAGUGGCCCACAGCUGAAAUCCGACCCCCGAACCGGGGAGCCGCCAUCCGGCCCCAAAACCGGGGAGCCACCAUCCGGCCCCAAAACCGGGGAGCCGCCAUCAAGCCCGCAAACCCGGGAGCCGCCAUCCGGCCCCCAAACCGGGGAGCCGCCAUCCGGCCCCCAAUCCAUCCCCCGCAAGCCGCCCGCCGCGGCCCUCGAGAUCCAGGAACCACCAUACUCCCGCAACGCAGCUGCCAAGCUCAUUGAGGGAGUGAAGAGGAAUGCGAAACGCAUGAGCCAACUGGACGCCGACGUCCAGGCCCUCAUCAACUCGGACAAGGAUGAUGACCGCAAGAGGCUGCUGGACCUGGUGGUUGGAGCCCGAGGCAACAUGGAUCAGGUCCAGACUUCGUUCGAAUUCGAGUCGAACGAAGUUGAUUCCGACUUGACCAACAUGGUUCCUGUGACCGAGAAGGAGCUUGAGCGGAUGUAUGGGGAGAAGACGGCUGAGGUCAAAGAACACAAGGAACGCAUGGGACUGUGCAAGGAUGACCCCAACCUUCCAGGAGGCAAGGUGUACCAGGUUUUCCGGGACCAGGUGACCACGGGAACCAAGAUCACUGCAUGUGCCAGCUCCUCCUCUUCCUCUGAGCGACCACCUGCUGCCCGAGAGCCGCCAUCCACUUUGAUUUCGGGGCUCAACAAGAAGGGCAUGGAUGGACCUACGGACAAAAGAAAGGUUUCUUUUGUUGACAACACUAAGGGCGACGGCAAGGCCGAUGACAACAAGGGCGAUGCCGAGAAGGGCGAUGCCGGUGACUCCGACUACGGCUCUGGACCGGGGACGUUGUCCUUUGCCGGGGACCUGGUGACGGAGCUGACGAAAUUCUCCUCAAUUUGGGAGGACCUCUAUCAUCGGCUCUCCGACCUCACCCACAAGAAGAUCAACGAGGACCAACCAUGA